AACUCCACGACACGCCGCCCGGCCCAAUGCCCAUUCGCGCAAGCGCAAAUGCUAUAAUUUUAUUGUUUUGUUGUUAUCAACAAUAUUGGCAUUUCUUUUGUUUACUUUUACAAAAACAAAAUAGUUUUUCUAUCUUCAACAGAAAUGAUGACGAGCUAUCAUUUGUUUGCUCUAAUAUCUGUUAUAGUUUCUGUUAGUUCUAGUACAAAUAAUGAAUUUUGUAGUAAAGAUCAGAAAUCUUGCUCUGAAGAACACAACAAAUAUAGCAGAGAAUCAAAUAACUGGUCGUUAAAAAUCAAAGAACAAAUAAAUACAGCUGUUAAUGAGUAUGUACCUUGUAAAGUAGAAAACUGCAGCUGUCAUAAAUCAGUGAUUGAUGAGGAUCUGGCUCCAUUUAAAGGAGGUAUAACUAAGGAGUUAUUUGAUAGAGCCCGUGCGAAAGCUACCAAAUAUCAGAUUAUUGAUGGAAAGUUGUACAGAGAAGAAGAAUGCCAUUUUCCAGCUAGAUGUGCAGGUGUAGAACACUAUCUUGUUGCUAUAGCAGCAAAGAUGCCUAAUUUAGAACUAGCACUGAAUACCAGAGAUUGGCCCCAAAUUAAUAAGGCUUGGGGUCAUCCAAAAGCACCAGUAUUAUCAUUUAGUAAGACUAAAGAUUAUUAUGAUAUAAUGUAUCCUGCAUGGAGUUUCUGGGAAGGUGGUCCAGCCAUAUCCUUGUAUCCUACUGGCAUAGGCCGGUGGGACAAACAUAGAAUCUCAAUAUCUAAAUCUGCUGAAAAAUGGCCAUGGGAAAAGAAAGAAAACAAAGGCUUUUUCCGAGGUUCUCGAACAAGUGACGAAAGAGAUGCUCUUGUACUACUCUCUAGAGCUGAGCCUGACCUAGUUGAUGCUCAAUACACCAAAAACCAGGCUUGGAAAUCAGAUAUGGACACCCUUUAUGCACCACCGGCAUCAGAAGUGUCAUUUGAAGAACAUUGUAAAUACAAAUAUUUGUUUAACUACAGAGGAGUGGCUGCUAGCUUUAGAUUCAAGCAUUUAUUCUUAUGCAAGUCUCUAGUCUUCCAUGUUGGUGAUCAGUGGCUCGAAUUUUUCUACCCAUCACUUAAACCUUGGGUACACUAUGUUCCUAUUAGUCCAAGAGCCUCACAGGAAGACAUUAAGCAGUUAAUUAACUUCUUCAAAGAAAAUGACGAAUUAGCCAAUGAAAUUGCAAAUAGAGGCUUCCUACAUAUUUGGGAUCAUUUAACAGAUAAGGAUGUGAAGUGCUACUGGCGUAGACUUCUAAAGAAAUACGCCAAACUCGUGACUUAUGAUGUAGUAAAAGAUAAUGAUCUGAAAUUAAUUUAUGAGUAAGAUAAGAUUAAUAAAAAAUAUACAUAAUUAUAUUGGCUAUUUUGUAA